AUGAAAUUUCACAUCGUCGAUUUGACAGGUCAGAGUCCAACUUUUAUGAAGUUUAUAGCAACUUUUAGGGCAUUAUUAUAGUAUUUUUAGUUACUUUACAUCGUUCCAGAGUCAAUCCAAGUUAGCUGUUGAUAUCCCGUAGGAGUCCACUCAGCCAUGGCAUCCCACAUAGCGAAAACAUUGUUGAAAACUUCACAUGCCAGCUCGACGAUCAAAUUUGAUACUGCUAGGCGUGCCCUGAGCGUCGGGGCAGCGCUACAGCAAAAGAAGACCCUCAAAGACCGCACCGGCAAGAAUGUGGUGCUGGUGGAUGGUGUCCGCACCCCUUUCCUUGUCUCCUUCACCGACUACUCCAAGAUGAUGCCCCAUGAGCUUGCGAGACACGCCCUGUUGGGUCUCCUGCAAAAGACCGGCAUAGACAAGGAGCUGAUAGACUACAUCAUCUACGGCACGGUCAUCCAGGAGGUGAAGACUUCCAACAUUGGCCGCGAGGCGGCGCUGGCGGCGGGCUUUAGCGACCGCACGCCCGCCCACACUGUCACCAUGGCCUGUAUAUCCUCCAACCAGGCUAUCACUACUGGUAUCGGUAUGAUCGCGGCGGGCGCGUACGACAUCAUCGUGGCCGGCGGUGUGGAGUUCAUGUCCGACGUGCCCAUCCGGCACUCGCGCAAGAUGCGCUCCCUGCUGCUGCGCGUCAACAGGGCCAAGACUCCCGCGCAGCGCCUGUCGCUGCUCGCCACCAUCCGGCCGGACUUCUUCGCGCCCGAGCUCCCCGCCGUGGCGGAAUUCUCGUCCGGAGAGACCAUGGGCCACAGCGCGGACCGGCUUGCGGCCGCGUUCGGCGCCACCCGCCAGGAGCAGGACGACUACGCGCUGCGGUCACACAAGGCCGCGGCUAACGCCCAGGCCAAGGGGUACUUCACCGAUCUCAUACCCGUCAAGGUGGACGGUAAGGACGGUCUGGUGGACAAGGACAACGGCAUCCGCGUGUCCACGCCCGAGCAGCUCGCCAAGCUGAAGCCCGCCUUCAUCAAGCCGCACGGGACCGUCACCGCCGCCAACGCCUCCUUCCUGACUGACGGCGCGUCGGCCUGCCUGGUUAUGCCGGAGGCGAAAGCCAAGGAGCUCGGGUUCAAGCCCAAGGCCUACCUGAGGGACUUCACCUACGUCGCUCAGGACCCCGUGGACCAACUGCUGCUGGGCCCCGCGUACGGCAUCCCCAAGGUCCUGGACAAGGCCGGCCUCACCAUGAAGGACGUGGACUCCUGGGAGAUCCACGAGGCCUUCGCCGGUCAAAUCUUGGCCAACUUGAAGGCGAUGGACUCUGAUUGGUUCGGCCAGACCUACCUGAAGAGGCAGGGCAAGGUCGGCUCACCGGAUUUGUCCAAGUGGAACAACUGGGGAGGCUCUCUGUCCAUCGGACAUCCGUUCGCUGCCACCGGUGUAAGGCUGGCCAUGCACACGGCCAACCGGCUGGUGCGCGAGGACGGGCAGAUCGGCGUCAUCAGCGCGUGCGCCGCCGGCGGCCAGGGCGUCGCCAUGAUCCUGGAGAGGCACCCCGACGCCACCGCCGACUAGGCCACUCC